AGCGGCACGCACGAUUUUUUUCUCCCUUUUCGUAAUUUCUUAGCGUCUGUUGUUAUAGCUCUACUAGAGCGCCCAACAUGCUGGCCGAGCCGAAGACUUCGGUGAUCCGUGGGGAUCGUAAGCAGCUGACGUCCAAAUACACAGAUGGGAGUGAGAUGAUAGAGGAGUAUGACGUGGUGACAGACGCGCUUCUCUUGCGGAAACGCCGCAGCAAAAAUGCGCUGGGCGGCUACUCGGACUGGGUGAUUGAGGUCGGCACCGAGGCACCGAGUCGCAACUUGGACCGCGCGUUAAUCGUCGAGGCGAGCGGGAGCCCCAUCGUGGUGCGUCAGGACACCAAAGACAACUACGUGAUUCGCAUCCGAAACUUGCCCUACCCAAGAGAGGUCUUCGCUGUCACGGUAGAACGUCCAGAGGGCGAUGCGGUUGGCAAAAUAGUGGUUCGCACAUCGAAUAGGAAAUACUUUAAGCGGCUCGACAUCCCUGACCUGGAGCGCGCCAAUGUGCCGCUUGAUUCCGCGAGUCUUUCGUACAGCGUGCAGCUUCAGACGCUGAUUAUUCAGUACAAGAAGCCGUUACCAGUGCUGACGGCGGAGGCGGCUGCGCGCAAGGAGCGGGCUGCGAUGCCGUCGAAGCGCAUCGAUGACAACACUUCUGAUUGCAAACAACAAUAG